AUGGUCACCAUCACAAAGGAGGAGUACGACAGGCUGCACGCCGUGGCAGCCAGCAGCGGGAUCAGGGAGCAUCAGGAGCCCGCACCGCGCCUGCUGGCUGGCCCCAAGUGGGGCUGGCGCCAUCGCCCCGCCGACGCCGUGGACAGCGCCGCCCCGCCCGCCUGCGCCCCGUGGCCGAAGGCGAAGCCGAUGCCAGGUCGACGGACUGGAGGCGGCCAGAGUGGCACGGCCAGUGCCGCGGCGACAGCAGACAGUUUUGUGGCGACACCACCGAAGCCGAAGUGGGCUAGUGGAGGUGGCCGUGAGGACAGCAAGCCGACGGAGGAGCACGACACGGGCGCCGCAGCCGAGUACUGCGAGUACGGCGGGGUGGCGGCGCAGCCGAGUGCCGUGGCUCAACAGCAGCUCAGCAAGGUGGAGGAGUUGCUCAGCGAUGCUGGCGUCAUCGUCAUGAAGGCGGUGCAGCACGCAGGCGAGGAGCACGUGGCCCCAGUGCUGCUGGAAGACGAAGUGUCGGGGAUUCCACCUACCGUUCGGACGGAGAAGAUGAAGCGAGGUGGACGACACGUCAGGAUCGCGAGGCUCAUGGCCAAGCAUGUUGCCAAUGGUGGCGACCUGAAUGCAGUGAGACAGUCGGCCGACCGCAACGUGCACAAGUACAUCGAGUGGUUGUUCCAGAAUCACUGGAAUGAGUUCGAAGAAUUCGGCUCAGCACAGGUUGUGUGGGACUGCCUUCGCUGGGGCGCUUCUUGA